AUGCACCGGAGUGAAUGCAAGGCACUGCCCGGGCCCAUCAGCAGUCACAGCACCGGAGUGGCCCACCUUCGAGAGCAGCCCAACCCACCACCAUUCCCUCCUCCAGUCCCCUGCUCUGCUCCCGACCUCAAGACGGCGGCGAGACGCCCAACGGCGGGCAACGACGAGGUUCCGUUCCCCCCCGGUCGGCAUGCUCAUGCUCGCCCUCUUCUCCGUCCGCUGGAACUGGAAACCACCGCCACUCACCAGCUUGAUCUCUUCUCACCACGGGCGUUCGUCCUGCCCCUGCUCCCCACUCUCGACCCUGCUGCUCCACCUUGCAGUCAGCAGCGCAGCUCUCGUCGCCUCCUCACCUGCCUGCAGUGCAGUCACCUUGCACUCUCCUGUCACCACGGCGACGGUGACAGGACCAGCCAUACCACCGCUGCACAUCACCAGCAGCUAGCUGGGACUAGGCAGACGGCAGCGGCUUCCAUCACCGGCAGACCGACACCUCGUGCGCGCGUCAACGUGCGCAGAACAUCCUCCAUCCCUGCAUCCGAUCAGGGGAUGGACGACGCGGCCCUUGGCGCGGCACAAUGGGUGGUGGGGAAGGCCCUAGCCCCCGUUGCGGAUGGCGUGCUGGAGGCUUGGGCGGCCAGCAGUCACUUUGGUCUCAACAUCGAGGCCCUCCGCACGGAACUGCUGCAGGUGCAGGCCAUGCUCGAACGAGCUGCCACCAAGGAGCUCGUCGGGCCGGCCACGGAGAAGCUGUUGCAGAAUCUGCAGGACUCGGCCCACAAUGCCGAGGACUUGCUGGAUGAGCUGGACUACUUCCGCAUCCACGACAAGCUCCACAACACGUACGAGGCUGCCAACGAGCAUGGCAAGGGUUGCGUCUGCGACAUCAUCCUUAAUGCUCGCCACACUGCCAAAGCUCUUGGCAAACAGAUGGCAUCAUUGUGCACGAAUUGCUUUGGUGCCAACCCUAGCCAUCCCCAACAAGAAGAUGCAAGACAAAAUGUCAGCUGUUGUGCUUGGCAGCGUGGUAGGCAGAGGUCAAAAAUGUCAGCUGGCCAUUUCCCCUCGGCGCCAAACGCCAAUCCUGUUGAUGAAGAUCGUGGCAGUGCACAAGGAACACCAAUGACUGAGUUCAAUAGGGUUGAUUUCUCUCGAAGGAUGAAGGAGACUGUAGAGCAACUGAAGCUUGGGAGUGAGGAGGUUAACAAGAUUCUGACACAUUGUGGACCUAGAACUGUCCUAGACAUUGCCCAGCGUCGCUCCCCCACCACACCUCAGAGUGCAGAGCCAAAAUUGUAUGGGAGGGAUCGUGUCAUAAAUAGCAUCGUACACGAUAUCACCGAGGGUCAAUGCUGUGACAUGGGUAUAACUGUGCUUCCGGUUAUUGGUCCAGGGGGCAUGGGGAAGACAACUCUGAUACAACACAUAUAUAACAACCAACAAGUACAGAAUCAUUUUCCAGUCAGGAUUUGGAUAUGUGUGUCGUUCAAUUUCAACCUGGGUAAGGUGCUAGAACAGAUUAAAAGGUAUACCACUUCAGUUGAAGGUGAAAACGAGUGUGUUAGGCCAGAAGAGCUGGUUGAACACAGAUUGAAACACCAAAGGUUCUUACUUGUAUUGGAUGAUAUAUGGCAGUUUACUGAUGUGGAUGACUGGAAAAAGCUAUUGUUGAUACUCAACAAGUCACAAGAGAAGGGUUCCGUGAUUCUAGUCACAACUCGGCAAAAAGAAAUAGCAGAUCGGGUUAAGGAAACUGAAGAGCCAAAAGAACUGGACGGUCUAGAACGUGGAGAAUUUAGGAAGUUAUUCCUUGUAUAUGUCUUUGAUGCUGAGCAAUAUCCAAGAGAUAAACUUCAUUUGCUUGACACCGGAGAUGAGAUCAUGGGAAAGCUAAAGGGUUCCCCUCUUGCAGCAAAGACCGUUGGUAGAUUACUGAGAACAGACCAUAGUUUGGCUCAUUGGAGAAGGGUCCUAAACAGUAAACAGUGGACGAAACAGACCAAUGGAAUUAUGCAUGCCUUGGAGCUUAGCUAUGACUUUCUCCCUUUCCAUCUGCAACGGUGUUUUUCCUAUUCUGCAUUAUUUCCUGAAGAUUACCUUUUCAGAGGCAGUGAACUCAUCAGCCUGUGGAUCGGACUAGAUAUUUUGAAACCUUGUGGUCAAAACCCAACCUUUGAAGGCAUAGGUCUGAGCAUUUUAAAUGAUUUAGUCAUUCAUGGAUUUUUCAUAGAAGAGGAAAAUAAUGGUGAUUUGCGGUAUGUCAUGCAUGACCUACUGCAUGAUUUGGCAUUGAAGGUUGCAUCUCAUGAUUGUCUCAGUUUACGUCUCCCUAAUGUUGGAUCAAUGGAAAUUCAGCCAUCCAUCCGUCACUUGUCUAUAAGCAUGGAGGACUUGGGUAAAUAUGAUGCAAUGUCUGCUGAAAAAUUGAAGAGUGAAUUGGAAGAACUGAAGACAAGAUUUAAGGUUGAAGAUUUGCAAACAUUGAUGUUAUUUGGAAAAAUGGAUGAAGGUUUUGUCAAGAUAUUUGGUGAUUUUUUUGAAGAAGUGAACGCUCUUCGUAUUCUUCAUUUGCCCCGCAUGCUUUGUCCCGUGGAGUCCAUGUUACAUAACUUUUCAAGACUUGUCCACCUACGAUACCUAUGUCUAGGGACAUGGAACAGACAGAUGCAUUUACCAGUUGGCAUUGUUAAAUUUUAUCAUCUAAGGAUUCUAAAUCUUGAAAAGUGGCACUGCAGUUGUGAUUGGCCCGAAGACAUGAGCAACCUUGCCAAAUUGUGCUUUUUUUAUGCCCCAAGUGAUGGUCAGCUUCAUUCUGAUAUUUAUAAUGUGGGAAAACUUAAACUCUUAGAAGAGUUAAAGGUAUUUCGAGUCAAUAAAAAAAGUGAAGGGUUUGAACCAAAGCAAUUAAAGAACUUGACCAAGCUGAGGGAGCUUGGCAUCUACAACCUUGAGAAAAUGCACACAGAAGAAGAAGCAGCUCAAGCAAAACUGAUAGAGAAAAAUUACCUGAGAAGGUUAACAUUGUGCUGGGAUAGUGAGCGAUCUAGUGUUGAGCCUAGCGUGGAAGCAGCGGUUCUUGAGAUCCUUCAGCCACAUGGAGAUCUUCAGGUGUUGUGCAUUAGAGGGCAUGGAGGUCCGUCUUGUCCGACAUGGCUGGGUGAUGAGUUUGCUGUUGAGGCUCUACAAUCUCUUUAUCUGGAUGGUAUUUCUUGGGAAAUUUUCCCUUCUUUAGGGAAGGCGUGGGACCUUCGUGAAUUAAGCUUUGAGCACAUUGCCAGACUGAAGGAGUUUAUCAUAGAGGAAUGCUUUUGCAGGCUAACACAACUUACACUCAUUGGCCUUGGAAGUUUGGAAAAAUGGGUUUACACAGGUGAACAAGAGUCUUCCAUGGGUGGAGAGUUGUUGCCACCAGAUUCUCAUAUGUUCCCUCAUUUGCAAGUGCUGAUUAUUAGAGAGUGCCCGAGACUGUUGGGGUUGCCUUUCCCAAACCACAUUGUUUCCCCGGAUUGGUUCCCCAAGCUACAAGAGCUUGAGGUAACCGGCUGUCCAGAAUUCUCGUCAGUGAUUCUCAUCUCCUGGAUUGAAAGUAUGCGUCGUGUCAGGAUGAAAAAUGUAAAGCUACUAGCGCAUUUUGAUUACUCAAAAUCAUGGAUUUGUGCAGGAUUGGAGAUUAUUGGAGAGGCUGAUUUGCAUAACAUAGACCAAGUGUUAGUUUUUGAUAAAGAAACUGGUCUAGAGACGCUGAUACUGGAGAAGUGCCCACCUCUGGAGUUGAAGCACCUUCUGAUGCUAACCUCGCUGAAUACACUGAUUGUACGAAGUUCAGUUGGUCUAGUUGGAUCACUUGGAGGAGGUCAGAGUGAUGUGGAAUGGCAGCUCCCUGUUGAGAAAAUCUUGAUCGACAACUUAAAUGGUAAUACUGGCGAGGAAUUGACAGAGCUCCUCCCCCACCUUCCAAAUCUCUCCAAAUUGACUAUACGGAGUUGUAAAAACAUAAAAAAGCUGGUAGUGGGGGUGGGCGUGCAACAAACAACAUCAACAUCAUCAGAGAUGGAAGGAGGUGAAAUAACAGCAGCAGCAGAGGAAGAGGAUGAUGGUGAUGGGGUGCUGCUCUUCCCACUUCAUCUCUGUGACACACUACGGGAAUUUUUGCUCUAUGACUGCACGGAGCUGAUCCUUGUGGAUCUGCCAACUCUUGUUCCUGGAGGAGGAGGGCUCCAAGCCUUGCCCCUCCAGGGAUUAAGCAUAGAGUACUGCCCAAAGUUUCUAUCCGCCUUCUCCUUUUCCUGUCACAUUUUCCCUUCCUCCCUGCAGUCUCUGGAGCUUUGGGGUGUGCAAGGCAUGGGGACACUGGAGCCCCUCUCAAACCUCUCUUCUCUCACCAUAUUAGAAUUGUGUAGUUGUGGAGAGGAUCUGAAAUGUCAGGGCUUGUGGUCUCUCCUUACCACCGGGGGCCAGCUCAAAGAAUUAAGAGUCACUCGCAGCCCUAGAUUCUUUGCUGGUUGGGAUCCCAAUUCCAGACUGGCUUUGAAGGAAAUUGAAGGAGGCGAAGAGCAGCAGGCACAACUUGUUUCAUCCACACUGCGUGAGCUCAGGACAGAUGACAUAGCAGGACUUCUUGCUGCACCCAUCUGCAAAUUCCUCUCUUCCUCCCUCACUGAUCUGGUACUUUUGGGGGAAGGGUCCAAAGGGAUGGAGUGCUUCAGCAAGGAGCAAGAAGACGCCCUUCAACUCCUCUGCUCCCUCCAGGAACUAGAGUUUUGGAAUUUCAAGGACCUUCAACAACUCCCUGCAGGGCUGCGUAACCUUACCAGCCUCAAGAUAUUAUCAGUCAACUUCUGUCCAGCCAUCUCGUCAUUGCCCAACGAUGCCCUCCCGGAUUCACUGGAAAAGUUAUAUGCCGGAUACAACUGCAGCGAGAAGCUAAAACAACAGUGCAGGGGGUUGGAGGGAACCAUCCCCAAUAUAUUAAUAUACUAAUGAUCCAAGGACAAUGCUGGCUUGGAGUUCCCCUGUACAUUCUUCUAGCCUUGUGGAGCUCUUCCCCUUCCUUACAAACACAUCCAUGACAUGAGGUUCUUGUGGCCACCAUUUUCCUUCCUGUACAUAAUCUGGUGAGUACGUCUAAGCUGGAACUUCGCUCCUGCUGUACCAUAUCAACUCUAUGAACGCCCUUGCCUUUACACAAGUCUGAGAAAACCAACGUAAUUAUCUGCCA